AUUAGUAAGACCUAAGAGUAAACGAAAGAAUAAGAACUAAGAUCGAGAGAAAGGAGGGGAGCCGUAAGCGACCGCAAGAGAGACGGCUGUGUGUGAAAGCAGGGGUUACAUCACCGAGGUGCCAUCACCUGCCACAAGAUCAGGAUCCGUCUCUCUCCCAGUGGCACUGUUUUCUUCUUCCGUAUUCAUUGUUACCUGUCCUGUUACAUAAUUGUGCACCUGCCGAUUGUACCGUCCUUCAAGUUUACCACUUUCUCACAGACAGGGUGUUGAAGAGAGGAUACACGUGUCUGUCAAACAUGAGUGAGGUGGACGCACAGCUGCAGCAACCGACUGCUGGUACAGCCGAACCCAAGGAUAAGGACAACAGCAGCCGGAGUAGUAAAACUACACCUGAAGAUCCCGGCACGGCAGCCAGCAGCAAGAAGAUUCUGGCUACUAAAGUCCUGGGAACCGUGAAGUGGUUUAAUGUCCGGAAUGGCUAUGGAUUUAUAAACCGUAAUGACACCAAAGAAGAUGUCUUUGUACACCAGACUGCCAUCAAGAAAAAUAACCCACGAAAAUAUCUGAGGAGUGUUGGAGAUGGAGAGACUGUGGAAUUUGAUGUCGUAGCAGGAGAAAAGGGUGCAGAGGCAGCCAAUGUGACUGGUCCAGAAGGAGCACCUGUCCAGGGAAGCCGUUAUGCUGCUGAUAGAAGACGCUUCCGCCGGGGGUACUUUGGACGUCGCCGUGGGGUAUCUCGCAGUGGAAUGGAGGGUGAUACAAGGGAAGUUACCACUGAAGCGCAACAACCACAGCAGUUCCGUCGCCCCCCACCACGCAGAUACCGUGGUGGUUAUUAUAGAGGACCUCCGAGACCCCGUCCUGCUCCUUCAGCAGAAGGUGAAGACAACAAAGAGAAUCAAGAAACCUCUGCUACUGGUCAGAAUCAAGAGCCAAGCCAACCUCGUGGCUUUCGACGAACUUAUAACUACCGACGCCGACCACGCCCUCAGAACCCAGGACCUCAGGACAAAGAAAAUAAUGUGGCCAAAGCAGCUGAGAACCCUGCUACUUCAGUAGGAGAGAACACAGCUGAAUAAAUCCUCUUGUCAGGCUCCAGUGACACCUGUACCACCAGUCAGUAGGGUGUCAUGAUGAUGAAAUAAGACCUGAAGAAAUCCUGAAGCAAUAAAAUUUUGAGAUCAUGAAAUAUGUAAUAUCUAAGAGCAUGAAAUCGAGAACAGCAGUGAAUAAAUAAAAAAAAAACAAAAAAGUUAACUACAGAUCAAGAAACCUCAAAAGAAAAAAAGAAAUAAAAGUUUUCCAGAAUGUCCUCAUUCAUUACGACAUGAAGCACUGGGCACUGAUCUUAGCUCCAUGUCACGUUCAUGUUUUGAAAAGUUUUCUGUAAAUUUAUAGAAGUAAAUUUUCUGAAGUUUCUUUUACCCCUCCUCCAUGCACCAGCAAGGAAUUUUGUAUUAACUGUUGCAUAUGGGAAGCACUUUUUUAAAAAAAAAAUGCUAUGAUUUUUACUGACUGAAUUAAAGAAUGUGAUUUUACUGUAAUGUUUUGCAUACGGACAGUUGUAAUUUGCAGCUGGUGGCGGCAGCUGAAUAUAAAUGGAGAGACUUUCUGGAAAAUAAAUAUCAUGAAGCACA